AUGGCUCCCGAUUUCUCCGAUCAAUGGACCCGACUUCGACUCUCGCGGAAAUUUCAAGUGCCUGAGGUCCUUGUCGCCAUCGUCACCACCGGCGUCUACCUCGAAGUCCUCCGCAACCAAGAAUCGUCGGCGCGUACAGACGAAAAGGAUCCGUCGACUGUCGGAGAAGAUGAUGUCGCCGAGUCCAUGUCACAAACCAUGCCAUUGAGCCAGGGCAUUAUCUCUCGAUUUGUUGCGCCCGUCAUGGUUGUCCUGGACGGACCGUGUAACGGCUAUCGAGAUAUCAUCAUGCCCCUUGCUUGGCCCGACAAAGCCCUCCAUCGCGCCGUCGCCGUCAUGGCCGCUGAUCAUCUAACCGCCGCAGUGCCAGAGCUGGGGACAGCAGCUCUGUCUGGCCAGACUGCGAUCAUCUCGAAGCUACGCAGUGAUUCGUUCAGUCUUGAGUCUUCCGAGCUGUUUGAUAUCACCAACUGGGCCACUGUGCUUCUGCUCUUGCGAGAGACAUCUGAGGAAGCCCGGCGCUUCGUCAAAGAGCAGACGCGAAUGUAUUUGAUCAUACAUGGUCUGCGAGCCUUGGGCGAGUCACCCGACAAGUACCUGGACUUUAUGCCGCACUUAUCGCCACAGAAUUCCAAGAGGAGAACGAGGAUCAGCGCCAUGACCGAGGCGAUCAAGCUCGCCUGUGAGAUUUACAAACAGCGCACAGAGUCCCACCUGUCACAGCAGCGGUCAGCAGCCCUGCUAUCCGACCUUCGAGCGAAGGUGGUGGACAUCAGGCACGAUGCAGACGGAGCCCAGGCGCUGGUCUGGACAUACUUCGUCGUCGCUGCCGAGAGCACUCUACGUGAAGACCGAGAUUUCUUCGCAGACUGCCUGCGCACACUGUACACGCGGACCAAGUUCCGAAGCGUCCCAACUGCGGUUGCCCAGCUCGAGAGAAUCUGGCCGGCCGCACGGAUCCAGCGGAAGAAUAAAGAGAAUGAACACGACUUGAACGAGCGUAAGGAGUACCAUGAGGAUGGGACGACUCAGGAGGAGGAGGAGAAGAAGAAGAAGAAGAAGAAGAAGAAGAAGAAGAAGAAGAAGAAGAAGAAGAAGAAGAAGAAGAAGAAGAAGAAGAAGAAGAAGAAGAAGAAGAAGAAGAAGACGACGACGACGACGAUAAUGACCAAGACUCAAAUCUGA